GUGCAACAGGUGUACUCCAAUCAAAACAAGUGUGUAUCCUGACUGGUGUGACCAGCUGCGCCCAGCUCCAAAGGGCAGGCUUGAAGUAGAUAAAUGGAGGACCUCCUUUAGGUGAUCGCUUACUUCUUUUUCUCUGUCACUAUUCUUCCCCUCCCCACCUCAUUCAGCAAAGACUUCAAGCGUCAUGGCCGAACUCAUAGGUGCCAUUUCUGCAGGCAUAGGUAUUGCCAGCUUUGCUCUCCAGGUGGGGAAAGGUAUCAAUAAUGUCCAAAAAGCAAUCAGGUACAAUCGGCACCAUGCUUCGGCGGACUUCGAAUCCCUCGAAUCAGACUUGAACAAUCUGUACAGACUGAUCGAGGACCUGCGAGGUUCCCAGGACAGCGCCCUGGUAUCAUCGGCCGUCGCAAAUUGUCAACAUGCGUAUACCGAACUAGAGCCGGACUUAGACCGAUUGACAGAAGCUUUUGGACAUGUCCAGUCUUCUAAGAGUUCAUUGAGAUCUUUGAAGAGGCGCCUGACCCUUCACGCUGAAGAACAUGUCAAGAAAUUGCGGGCUAAAGUGCGCCAGAUUGAGCAGUUAUUGAUUCUGAUAACCAUACUGGUAAAACUUGAACAACUUGACAUGAGUCACAUGAUUGCAGCAGUUCAACGAGGUCCCACGUCUUCAGUGAUUCCAGACGUCGUACCUGCGAUUGGGCCUACGCCCACUCCUAUCAUGAUUGCUUCAGAAGCAGGGUCACCCGUCCCCGACAACACAGUGGUCACGCAAAGGAGCAGACUUCGUGUGAGCCCCAUUGACACAUGUUACCACAAAGAGACAACCUGCGCACAUGGGCGAUUCUGGUGGCUAGAACUCACCUCGACCCCGGGCUUCUGGCACAAGUGCAGUCCGCGGUGCCCGGCGAGGUGCGAGUGGAACGCCAAACUGCGCCUGGCCCUCACGUGGCUCAAUAUCCCCUUCGCCGUGACUGCAAGCCUUGGCAUCGCCUCCAGCAACGGGCAGUAUGCACUCCGGCCAGCCCUGUCCAUCCAACAUGUUGUCAGGAACACGUCUCCGGGAUUCCUGGCGAUUGAGCUUUGCAAAAUAAAUGCCCUUAGUGUGGAAGAGAGCAAGCAGAGACUCCGGGAUCUCAGCCAAACCGACAAGCACUUCCGAGACCAUGUCAAUCCCGAGGGGAAGGGCUAUCUCCGCCAUCUUGUUAGCUACCCGUGGUGGAACCAGAAGCUGCAGUUCAGCCUACUGGAUUUCCUCCUUGUGGAAAUUGGUCUGGAUUUCUCCUCUGAAGACCCUAGGUUCUUGAUCGAGUGCUCGAAGUGGUUCGGAGAAGGCCGACACUUAGAUUUGCUUGAUACCGUCUUGGAACACGGUUUCUCGCCCAAUGGAAUCGACGCUCCAGCAGCGGAUCAAUGGCCCGAACCUUGCAACCCCGACUGGAGCAUCGAACUGUACACCCCUGAUCCUUUCUUUCUAGAGUACUUCACAUCGAUAGUGCGCUUUGAGCCUGGAUUCGCCGGGGUUACGGAGCUUCAGAAGCACAUCUUGAUGGAUACAUUCCAUACCCUAUUGGAUGCAGGCGGGGACCUCCCCGAGAAGGACCGACUUUUUGCCACAGUCAACUUUUUAGGACAGUCGUCGCUACAUCUAGCGGUUCGCAACAUACACACGGUGAAGAAGUUGGUGGAGCUGGGCCACAACUUGAACGUUACCGACCGGUGGGGUACCACACCGUUGAUGUAUGCCGCAGCUAUGGGGUGCGAGGAUGUGACCAUUCAUCUUCUUCUGGAGGGUGCCCUUUCAGAAAACGGUCUGUAUGAGACAAGAUUUGGCCGCACCUUUCUUGAGUUUGCUAUCGUCCGUGGUCACUGGAACCUGGUUCACAAAACACUGUCCACCAUACGAGAGAUACCGCCUGAAGACACUCACCAUGGAUUUGCACAACGCACGUUGUGGUACGCAAUGACAUCAAGCUUCUUUGUUGUCGACGAUGAUACAAGGAGGCAGCACAUACCCUUGUUGAUUCAGCAGUGCGAAGAUGUCAACUUCACUUUCGACGAUCGUUACGAAUCCGUUACCGGCAAUAACUUAAUGCACUAUGUGCGCUCAAUAGAGGAGGCGGAAGCUCUUGUAGCUCGUGGUUUCAACCUGUUCAACACGCCCAAUAGUGCUGGCAGGCUUUCGAUACACUCUUGGACGUUCGACUCGGACCCGGCGCUGAUGGGGUUCUGCGUUAAGCAUGGAACCAGGAUCGACCAUGUUGACUCCAAUGGUCAAACAUUACUAUUCAUCUUGUUAUCGAAGCUCGGAGAUUUUGAUUUUGAGCACCGCAGGAAUAUGCUCCGGCUGAUACGGCACGCCCUUCAUCUGGGUGCAGAUGCAAGCCAUUCGGACGGCUGUAGAUGCCCUUGUAGCCCUGGUGGGUGCUCCUCAUCGGCCUUCUUCGCAACUGGCUUCGACAGUAUUCCAUGGUUCGAAUUUACAUCGCGGGGACCAAGCGCCGAUUUAUUCUGGAUCUUUGAGUGGCAAUCCAUCCUUCGCGACUUCCACGGCGAAGAUGCAGUCAAGACUUUUUGCUCUCUUUUAUUCGCCGGGUCGAGUUUGACGAACUGGGCAUGACACACGUCUGUUGCCAUGAGGGUUUAGGAAUACCUCAUGAAACCUGGGUACACCAGUCGUGGCCGAAAAGGUUAGAUGACGAGGAUUUGCGUGACAUCCUGGAAGAAGAAGAGGAACUCGUCAAUAUCCUUGAUGAGACCAUGCGCGAGCUGGCCCCUAAGUCGGUGAACAAGUUGCAACUGUAUCUCUUGGAUUUCUUCAAGAAGAGACAUGCGCAGCAUCUGCAACGAAACGCAGAAAAGAGGGCCAAAGAAUUACGGGAGACCAUGGCAAGUUCGUGGAAACACAAAAGCGGAUGGCAUGUUGAUUAUAAGAACGAUACAUGCAGGCGGCAGUUCAAUGUUUCGUGUCCCUCUUCGCCAAUCGACUACUCUAUUCCGAGAAGACUCGCUACGUACAUUGUGUACAUCGACUUGGAAGAAUCUUGUCUGAUACACGAUUCGGUGCCACAGGUGUCUCAGAAGGAUGGAUGGUACUCUACACGUAUUCACAUGGUUAAAGAGGUUACAGAAGCGUUCGAGCUGCCGGUUGGUAAAGUGAUUGCGUGUGUAGACGACGCAAUCGCUUCCGCCGGAAUCGAAAUGGACGACAAUGCAAGAAAGAGGAUCAAGGAUCGAGUGAUCACCUUCUUCCAAGCAGAAGGGCAACCAUCGCAUGAUGCUAGGAGAGCAUAAUCAGAACAUGGUCAAGCAAUUGGGGGAAAAGUGAGAAGUGACGUUCUCGAGCCUUCGGAAAAUGUCUGGGAUGCUCAUUGUAUCUAACACGUGAUUACAUUGUUCUACGACAUCUUUCUGAGAUACAUGGUUUUCCCACAAGGCGCACAACGCUCUCAUCGGUUUUUUUGUCAGUUGGAAACUUUUUACAUAGUUUCGUACGUCAAAUAGAUUUUUUUGUUGAU